ACACGCACGCGCAUAAACAAUCGAGCAAUCUUUUUAGAUGGAGCAGUGGAAAGUACGACUUCUAGAUGUGGAUUAUUAUUAGACGUGUAAACAAGAAUUCAUUACAAGGAUGCAGUCCGACGAUAAGCUGUCCGAAGAUGAGGAAGAAAUGCUUGUUUACGUAGAGUUCGAGGGGCUUGUCGGUAGUAAUGUAUUUAAUAAUGAAGAACUUCAAUUAGAUAUGAUUGGAAUAGACACGGAGCAUCCUAUAAUGCAAAUUGAUGGACGGUUUUACGAGGGAUGUUAUGAAGACGCUGUGGGUACUUAUAUGUUCUUUGAGAAGGAUGACAAUCCACAUGUGGAUGAUGUUGUAUUUGAUAAAGUGCCGACUUUAAAAUAUUUUGCUAAAACCAGAAAGGUAUUAAAGAUGCAGAGAGUUUUUACAAAACCAAGAGUCGAGGUUUUUGGUGAUUCUGAACACGAUAGUUGUAUUCCGAAUACAGAUACUUUAUCACAAGCUGGAGUGCCUCCAAAAUAUCAAGAGGAAGCGCUCCAAUAUUGGAAUAAGAUACGUGACGAUAAACUGGAAGAAUUAAGUACAUGUUUGGAGAAGCAAAAAAUUAGAGAAGAAAAAGAAAUCCAAAGGCAUGUUAGUGUUCUUAUGUCAUAAAUAUUAUGCAUACCCAGAAAAUGAAGCUGAUACAAUUCAAAAACAAUAUUAAUGCUUUAAAUACUGUGAUACGAAAAGUCACAUUAGUUAUAUACAAAUUAUUUUUUUUACAAAUAAUUAUAAUUUCAUGUAAUCAUAAACAAUUAAAUUCGAGUGUUAUAAACAAUUAACUAAUAGACAGAAAUUUUAUGUACUACUGCAUAUAUCACAUCAUUAUUUCAAGAAGAAUGUUCUCUGAUAAAAAAAAUUGCUCAAUUUCUAUUUGAUAAAGUUAUAAUAUAUUUUAUAUGCAAUGGUAUAUAUAAUUUUUAUUACAUAUAUAAUCACUUGUCAUAUAUAAUAUCAAGUACCAUAUUCAUUAACAUCGAUAUUUAUCAAUUAUUAAUAUUAUAUAGCUACAUUUAAAAUGUUGUUGGAAAUAUAUAUUUAUAUACGUUUGUGUUUUAAUUAUCUAUAUCAAAUGUCAGAAAUAAGUAAAUUUAUUUUCAUGAAAUAUAUAAUGACCAUAUAUAUAUAGAAUUUAUAUUAAAUUAUUUUAUAAAUGUAGAUCUGUUAUUGAAUCCAAGCAAAUUUUCCGAUCGAAUCAAAUCAAAUUUAACAUUUUAUAGAAUAUAUAUGGAGUAAUAUUUAGAUAUGUAUCUACACAUUUAUAAUAAUAGUAUUUUAUCAAUUGAUAUGACUUCAUGAAAUGUAUAUAGAUUCGUUAUUCAUAUAUUAAAAUGCACAACGAUAUAAAUUAUAUUUUCAAUUAUAAAAAAUAAAAUAUUCGAUAUUAAUACAUAAGUAAUA